CUCGGCUAAGAACCAACGAGGAGGCGGAGCCUGUACGGAGUUGCUCCAGCCUAUCAUCUCCUCCUCCUUCGGUGUUGGGUUUUUUGCGGGGGGCGGUUGGUUUGCUAAUCUGUGUAGCAGCCGGAGAGCCCUGGGAGUAAAUGGAACCGGCACUCCGAGGUUUGAGCACUCCAGUAGCUACCGGACGAGUGGAGGAAAGCGAAGGGAAAGGACGCGGCGGCAGUAAAAUAAACUAAUCCCCAAACAAACCCAAGGAUAUCUUUCCACCCCCCACCCCCGCCCCACACCCAGGGAACUAAGCGGGGAGCAGACGAGACGGAAAGACCGCGAGGGGGAACAUAAAAGCCGGCGGCGAAACUGACUCUGAGGGGGAAAGCGGGGGGAGCUGUACGUGGGCUGUCUCUGACCUUCCUUCACUGUGGCAACAACUUUGGGGAGUUCUUGGCUUGGGGCUUUUGGAAAGAGCCUUCCGGACAGAGCUGGCCAUGCCCAGGGCUGGAAAGUGAAAAUACCUGUGCACCUGAGAGGGGAGUCCCUCUCUCUGGGUGGGACCAAGCGGCGUCCUGUAGCCCGGAGCCCGCUUCGUCUUCACACCUCUCGGGGAACAGAGAGAGAGAGAGAGAGAGAGACGCUUCGCUGCCAUCAUCGCGGCUGUCCAAGCGGAGGGAGACCGAUGCCAUUUGGACCAUGUAAUUUUGGAGACGAGGGCGUAGAGAGACUGUCCGGCUGCUGAUCCUCCUCCUCCUCCUGUUUCUUCCUCUUCCUACCCAACCAAAAAAAUGAAGCUGGCGAGAAGAGUCCUUGCCUGGGUGAGCUUUCUGGUGAUCUCCGGGACCUUCCACCUCAGCGCUGCUCAGUCAGUUUGUGCUGGCACCGAGAACAAGCUGAGCUCUUUGUCCGACCUUGAGCAACAGUAUCGUGCAUUACGCAAGUACUAUGAAAACUGUGAGGUGGUAAUGGGCAACCUAGAAAUCACAAGCAUUGAACAUAAUCGAGAUCUCUCCUUUUUACGGUCUAUCCGAGAAGUUACAGGCUAUGUGUUGGUGGCUUUGAAUCAAUUUGAGUACCUUCCACUAGAAAAUCUACGUAUCAUUCGUGGAACAAAACUCUAUGAGGAUCGUUAUGCAUUGGCCAUCUUCCUUAACUACAGAAAGGAUGGUAGUUUUGGACUCAGGCGGCUUGGACUGAAAAACCUGACUGAAAUCUUAAAUGGAGGAGCAUACGUUGACCAGAACAGGUUUCUUUGCUACGCAGACACUAUUCACUGGGAAGAUAUUGUUCGCAACCCUUUGGCUUCCAAUUUCUCUUUGGUUCCAAAAAACAGCAGCACAGAUUGUGGACAGUGUCACAAGUCCUGCGCAAACCGAUGUUGGGGACCUUCAGCAAAUCAGUGCCAGAGCUUAACGAAGAUGGUGUGUGCUGAGCAAUGUGAUGGGCGGUGUUAUGGGCGCUCCGUCAGUGAAUGCUGCCAUCGUGAAUGUGCAGGAGGCUGUUCUGGACCGAAGGACACAGAUUGCUUUGCUUGUAUGAACUUUAAUGACAGCGGGGCUUGUGUCACACAGUGUCCUCAGACCUCAGUAUACAAUCCUGCCACGUUCCAGAUGGAGAGCAACCGAGAUGGCAAAUACACCUAUGGUGCUUUUUGUGUCAAAAAGUGCCCACAUAACUUUGUGGUUGAUAUCAGCUCUUGUGUACGUGCAUGUCCUAGCCCCAAGAUGGAAGUUGAAGAAAAUGGUAUUAAGACGUGCAAACCAUGCACUGACAUUUGCCCUAAAGCGUGUGAUGGCAUAGGUACAGGAAGUUUGAUGCAUGCUCAAACUGUAGAUUCCAAUAACAUUGACAAGUUUGUCAACUGCACCAAGAUCAAUGGAAACCUGAUUUUCCUUAUCACUGGAAUUCAUGGGGACCCCUAUCACAAAAUUGAUGCACUUGACCCGCAGAAUCUAAAUGUCUUCCAAACAGUGAGGGAGAUAACAGGCUUCCUGAAUAUACAAUCAUGGCCUCAAAACAUGACAGAUUUCAGUGUGUUGUCUAAUCUGGUUACCAUAGGUGGAAGAGCACUGUACAGUGGCCUUUCUUUGCUUAUUCUGAAGCAACAGGGAAUUAAAUCUCUACAUUUUCAGUCCCUGAAGCAUAUCAGUGCGGGCAAUGUCUACAUAACAAACAAUACUAACUUGUGCUACUAUCACACCAUCAACUGGACCAGUCUAUUCAGUACUCCCAACCAAAAGACUGUCAUCCACAGCAAUAAGAAGCCCGAGAACUGCACUAUUGAAGGGAAGGUGUGCAGUUCCUUAUGUUCAAAAGAUGGAUGCUGGGGACCAGGGCCAGACCAAUGUUUGUCCUGCAAACACUUCAUCAGGGGAAGGACCUGUGUCGAGGCCUGUAACAUUUACGAUGGAGAAUUUCGGGAGUUUGCAAAUGGUUCUGUCUGUGUGGAGUGUGACCCCCAAUGUGAGAAGAUGGACAACAACAGAAGCACUUGCAGAGGACCAGGCGCAGAUCACUGCACCAAGUGCUUUCAUUUUAAAGAUGGCCCCAAUUGUGUGGAAAAGUGCCCUGAUGGCGUGCAGGGAACAAACAGCUUCAUUUUCAAAUAUGCCAAUGAGGACCGUGAAUGUCAUUCUUGUCAUCCAAACUGUACCCAAGGGUGUAGAGGCCCCACUAGUCAUGACUGCAUUUACUAUCCGUGGACCCGCCAGUCCACUUUACUGCAACAUGCUAGAACACCCCUGAUUGCUGCUGGAGUGAUUGGAGGACUCUUCAUCAUUGUCAUUUUGGGCUUGACUUUUGCCGUUUAUGUGAGGCGUAAGAGUAUCAAAAAAAAGAGGGCCUUACGAAGGUUCUUGGAGACUGAGCUGGUGGAACCCUUGACCCCUAGUGGCACAGCACCCAACCAGGCCCAGCUCCGUAUCCUGAAGGAAACUGAGCUAAAGCGUGUCAAGGUCCUUGGAUCUGGAGCCUUUGGAACUGUCUAUAAGGGUGUUUGGGUUCCUGAGGGAGAAAGCGUCAAAAUUCCUGUGGCUAUUAAAAUCCUGAAUGAGACAACUGGUCCAAAAGCCAAUGUGGAGUUCAUGGAUGAAGCUCUUAUAAUGGCAAGCAUGGAUCAUCCCCAUCUGGUACGACUGCUAGGCGUCUGCUUGAGCCCUACCAUCCAGCUGGUUACUCAGCUGAUGCCACAUGGCUGCUUAUUGGAUUAUGUUCAUGAACAUAAGGAUAACAUUGGCUCCCAGCUUCUGCUUAAUUGGUGUGUCCAGAUAGCCAAGGGAAUGAUGUACCUGGAAGAGAGGCGACUGGUUCACAGAGACUUGGCAGCCCGGAACGUCUUAGUGAAAUCACCAAAUCAUGUGAAGAUCACAGACUUUGGCCUGGCCAGGCUGCUGGAAGGAGAUGAGAAAGAAUACAGUGCUGAUGGUGGGAAGAUGCCAAUUAAGUGGAUGGCUCUUGAGUGUAUACAUUACAGGAAAUUCACACAUCAGACUGAUGUUUGGAGCUACGGUGUCACUAUUUGGGAGCUUAUGACCUUUGGUGGGAAGCCCUAUGAUGGAAUCCCAACAAGAGAAAUUCCUGACUUGCUGGAGAAAGGAGAGCGGUUGCCACAGCCUCCUAUCUGCACCAUUGAUGUUUACAUGGUGAUGGUGAAAUGUUGGAUGAUAGAUGCUGACAGUCGGCCUAAGUUCAAGGAACUGGCUGCCGAAUUUUCUAGAAUGGCUCGAGAUCCUCAGAGAUACCUAGUCAUUCAGGGUGAUGAUCGUAUGAAGCUCCCAAGCCCAAAUGACAGCAAGUUCUUCCAGAAUCUAUUGGAUGAAGGAGACCUGGAAGAUAUGAUGGAUGCAGAAGAAUACCUAGUCCCUCAGGCAUUUAACAUUCCUCCACCAAUCUACACAUCCAGGACAAGAAUUGACUCAAACAGGAGUGAAAUUGGACACAGCCCUCCUCCUGCCUACACCCCUAUGUCAGGAAACCAGUUUAUCUACAGAGAUGGCAGCUUGGCGACAGAAAAAGGAGUUCCUUUGCCAUACCGAGGUGCUAUACCGAGCAUAGCACCAGAACCCUCCAUUGUGCAAGGUGCUGCAGAGAUCUGUGAUGAUACUUGCUGCAAUGGCACACUACGGAAACAGGUGGCUAGUCUUGCACAAGAAGACAGCAUCACUCAGAGGUACAGUGCAGACCCAACAGUUUUUAUACCAGAGCGGGGCCCAAGAAAUGAGCUGGAUGAAGAUGGAUACAUGACUCCAAUGCCAGAGAAGUCCAAGACAGAUCACCUGAAUCCAGUGGAAGAGAACCCAUUUGUGUCUCGACGGAAGAAUGGUGAUCUCCAGGCGCUGGACAAUCCAGAGUAUCACAACAACAGCCAAAAUGGGCAACCCAAAGCAGAGGUUGAAUACGUAAAUGAGCCUUUGUACCUCAACACCUUUGCAACCACCUUGGAGAAUGCAGAAUACCUGAAAAAAAAUGGGCUUCCAUUGCCAGAGAAACCCAAGAAGGCAUUUGACAACCCAGGUUAUUGGAACCACAGCCUGCCUCCACGAAGCACUCUCCAGCACCCGGACUACCUGCAGGAAUACAGCACAAAAUAUUUUUACAAACAAAAUGGAAGGAUCCGGCCCAUUGUGGCAGAGAACCCUGAAUAUCUCUCAGAGUUCUCACUGAAGCCUGGCACUAUGCUGCCACCUCCACCCUACAGACACCGAAACACAGUGGUGUAAUCCCGGAAGAGUUCGAGAAAUGGGGAACCCAUACCAGCACUCUUCUUUCUCCUCCUCUCUCUCCCUUUGCCUCUUUUUCUUACUCUCUCUUCUCCUCUUCUUAUCAGUUCUUCCCUGAGUUUGAUGUCUCCAAAUGGAAGGGCAUUUUAAAGUCAUUUGUUCCAGGGAUCUGGGAAGAAAGAAAAGUAGAGAACGAAAGAAGGAAAAGUCUGGCAUCUCUCACAUGCACCCGGAGGGCCAGGAGGUCAGACAAGCCAAUGAAUACUAGUAAAAGCCAGCAGCAGUGUUGCCUGCUGUCAAGCUAGUUCUCUCUGUAGCGAUUCAGCUCCAGUGCUGCAGGGAAAGUCACACCGUGUCAAUUUCUAUCAGCAGCAAGUGCUGAGAGCUACUGGAGUUUUCCUGGAGGUGGCAAUGCAGUUUCUGUUUGGGCGGGAGGGUGAGGGGGAGAAAAGGACAAUUUUUAUAUCAUAUGUGAUUACAUAAUAACUGAGAUUGAGAAUCCAGUUUCUUUCUUUAACAUUUUUUUAUUCUGCCACCUAAACAAAAUGGCUAACCCAGCUUGCCAUACUUGUCAGUUUCACCGUGGCCAUCCAAGGAACCAUGUUGAAAACGCCUUCUUCUGCCAGUUCCCUUUUCUCCAUUCUUCCUGCAGUUUUUGCUCCAUUCCCUAACUGUGUAGACCUCACUACUUCAUGCGUCUGUGCAUGACAUUACAGGUGUUCUGCAGGUCAAUAUGAGAACAAACAUUUUGAAAGCAAAAAUGAUUUCAGGAAACAAACAAAAUUAUACAGAAACCAGAGGAUCUUGUUUUUGAGGGCAAGCCACCAACCAAGAUUUAUAUGCACAGAGCCUCCUAUUCAUGUUUUUAUACUCAUUGAUUACAAAACAUAGCAAUUCUCCCCUCAAUUUAUUUUGGUUUAUCAGUUAAAGUUGGGAAACAGUGGGGAACUUUGAGGACUGAGCAGAGGGAGAGAAAUUAUCCUAUUUUUUUGUGUGAAACCCACUGGUUUUGUUUUUAGUUUUUAAAUUAAGGGUGACCUGCUGCUAUAGGGAGCCUUUAAACUGGAAAGAAGACACUGACCUGGGUAAAGCGCACAUGGCAGAUCACUGGAAGAUUCGUUUGCACUUAAACUACAGUUUUGUUUUGUUUUGUUUUCCUUUUGGUCCUCAUUCUGAACUGUAUUCUGGGAUCUGAAUGAAGCAAUAUGGAAGUGACCAGCAAAAUAAAAUAAUUUAAAAUGUAAAAUGAAUUAUUAUAAUAUAUAUAGAUAUAUAUAUUAAAAAAGAUGGUGACUGUGGAAA